AUGGACGGUGCAGUCAGGAUACCUGCUUCUGACCACCCUGAGGAGCUUAUGGAGGCAGUGAACUCCACGAACUUCGGAGAGCUCUUCAGUAAGACCAACUGGCUCCUGGAUGACACCAACGUGUACCGGGUGAAGAUCCACAAAGCGCUCGACGGAAGCCUGACGACCGAAAGAAUCAACGGAGCUAUCUUCAUCUUCAACCCGCGCACAGGACAGCUCUGGCUGAAGAUCAUCCCUGCCUCAUCGUGGGAUGGUCAUGAGCGUCUCUCACAGCUGGCCAAGCAGAAGACAGCCGAAGAGGUGGCAGCAUUGAUCCGAUCCUUGCCGGCGGAGGAGCAUCCGAAGCAGAUCAUCGCGACGCGGAAGGGCAUGUUGGAGGCUUUGAAGGUGCAGCUUGUGGAGUAUCCGAACAUCGUGAUCAAGCACUCCGAGCUUUCACUGCGUUUCGAGGCCUGCCUGAGAAUCGAGAAGUUCAGCGAUGUGAUCCCGAAGGCGACCGAGCCUGAGAUGGUGCUCUUCAACCUUUACGACGACUGGCUGAAGUCGAUUUCCUCAUUCACUGCCUUCAGUCGCCUGGUCUUGAUCUUGGGAGCACUGCACAUCGAUCUGGAUCGCACAAACGGCAUCCUGCAGCCUGACAAGACUGUCGCCCAGCCACACCAGGUGUGGCCGAGUCUCAGCGACUCGAAGUGGAUCAAGGUUGAGGUGCUGCUCAAGGACUUGAUCCUGGCAGACUACUGUAAGAAGAACAACGUCAAGGUGGCUUCGCUGACUCCGAGUGAGAUUCGCGACAUCAUCCUCGGAAUUCAGAUCACCCCACCAUCCAGCCAGCGCUCCCCGACGAGCACGGAACCACUCGGGGCCCCGGGCUAG